AUGAUAUAAUUAUCCUAUCACUUGUAUAAUGAUAUGGAUUAUAUUUUAAACAAUAAAAUUAAAUCAAGUGUUAAUAAUAGGGAGAGAACAAAUGUUGCAUUAUCUAGAGCAAGAUAUUGUUAAUUUAUUUUUGGAACUUUUAAAACAAUGCAGAAGAAUACUCUAAAUUGGAAUAAAGCUAUUAAAUUGGUUUAGUAAAAAUAAUAGAUAAUUCACUACAUCCAAGAAGACGUAGAGAAUCAUGAUUUCUAUUAAGAAAAGUUGAAAUUUACACAAGAUUGA